GUUCCGUCCCCUCGCUGGAUAUAGGUACUACUACUUUUAUACACGGUGAGAUUUCCGGCUUCAGGCCAACGGAACGAGCCAAAUACGCUCGAUUCACUGUCUGGUCCGGCAAGUACUUCCGUUCGGGCUACACACUUCCGAUGAUUUUUCUUACAUCAGCUCAUUCUCAAAUCCGUCGUUCAAGAUGUCCUUGAUGAAUGGGUGGCAGUACGCAGCUACAGCUGGCGGCAUUGAAAAGCAUCUCCGCCUUAAAGAUGACAUUCCUCAACCCUCUUCAGAUAACCUUUUUCAUGAUCAGGUCCUUAUCGAAACCAUUUACGUGGCUUUGAAUCCCGCCGACUUUAAAGGGCCGGAAGGCCGUUUCUUCACCAUGCUCAACCUGCGCCUGCCAGCCACGCCUGGCUAUGACUUUUGUGGUCGUGUUAAGGCUGUCCAUCCUUCCAAUGACCUCUUCAAGCCCGGCGAUCUUGUUUUUGGAAAUCUUGGUCACCCUCGAACACAUGGGACCCUCGCCCAAUAUUUUAUUGCCUAUCAGAACUAUUGCGCCCGCGUCCCUGAGGGCUUAUCGCUCGAAGAUGCUGCCGCUAUUCCAUCAGCCGCCAUGGCAGCCUAUAAAUAUCUUGCGCCUUUUGUUAAGAGUGGGCAAAACGUUUUCAUCAAUGGCGGUAGUGGUGGAGUGGGAACCUUCGCGAUACAGAUCGCCAGGAUUCUUGGGGCUGGAGUAACUGUCUCCUGCUCUACAAGUAAUGUCGAGUUCUGCCGAGGACUUGGUGCCCAAGUCAUUGAUUAUACCAAAGGUGAUCUGAUAGAUCUACUCCAAGAACAUGGCCAAAUGUUUGACCAUGUAGUAGACAAUGUUGGAGCCACGCCCGAGCUAUAUUCUCAUGCGCAUCUUUUCACUAAACCAGAAGCUCGCAUCUCCCAGGUCAGAGCAACGACUAUCAAGGGGGUCAUAGUCAUAUACUCUCAACUGGUACCUGCAUUCCUAGGUGGCUCACAACGACCUACUUCCAUUGUCCUCGGCUUCCCAAACAGAGAGGAUCUUACGCUACUAGCGAACUGGGUGGCGGAGGAGAAAAUUAGCAUCAACAUUGAUGCAAAGUUUUCCUUUUAAAAACGUCAUAAAAGCAUUUGAGAAACUCAAAACGGGACAAGUCAGAGGAAAGAUAAUUGUUGAAGUUUCGGCACCAUGAAUAUGCCAGACUACUCUGCGCAGGCUCUAGCUGGAAAGGGAGGAUGGAAGCAGGUGGUGUUGGAUUGAAUGUUAAGUGGGAUUGAUGUUUUUCUAAUUAGGCGAUUUUGCUGGAUAUCGUUAAAUGACCAAUUAGGGGUGUUAAUGUU